AUGGCUGUGAUAAAACUGAAGAUUUUCGAUGUAAUCCCAGUGAGGUUCAAUUUAUGGGUGAUGUUGUUUACCAGUUGCUGGGUCGUGUAUAUGCUUAGAGUCAACAUGAGCUUGAAUCUGAUAGCUAUGGUACCACAACCGGUCAAAAACAUAACAUCAAAGUCCAAGUGUGGCAGCGAUAAUGUACCUUUAAAUGAAUCUUUAAAUCACGUUGAUGUUUCUGAUGUGAGGGAAGCACCGAGACAGGUGGCUGGCGGCACAUUCGAUUGGACAAAAGAUCAACAGGCAACGAUUCUCGGUUCAUAUUUUUGGUGUUACCCCAUAACGUCACUCAUUGGUGGUAUGGCAUCAGAACGAUGGGGUCCUAGAUACGUGGUAUUAAUUACAUCACUGGCCAGUGCUGUGUUAACAGCAUUAAGUCCAGCAGCUGCCAGACUUAAUUACGUAGCCCUGGUUAUUAUACGAUUCUUCCUUGGAUGUGCUGGGGGUUUCAUCUAUCCAGCGCUUCAUUGUCUGGUGGCUCGCUGGGCGCCACCAGCCGAAAAAGGAAAAUUCGUGAGCGCCAUGAUGGGUGGAACAUUAGGAACGGUAGUAACUUGGUCACUUACUGGUCCUUUGUUAGAGAGAUUCGGAUGGGCUUCGGCGUUUUACGUACCAGCUGGACUUACAUUUAUUUGGUGUGGAUUUUGGUGGUACCUUGUGGCAGACACGCCUUCAGAACAUCCUAGAAUUUCAGCGUCUGAAAGAAAAUACAUAUUAGAUGCCUUGGGAGAUAAAGUUAAGAAAUCGAAGGGUUUGCCGCCAUUCAGAAGAAUAAUUACAUCAUUCCCGUUCUUAGCGAUGAUUAUUUUACAUUUUGGAAAUCUGUGGGGAUUAUACUUUAUUAUGACAGUGGGACCAAAAUUUGUAUCAAGCGUUCUUGGAUUUGAAUUGUCAGCGGCAGGAAUAAUAUCCGCCUUGCCGUAUCUUGCAAGAUUAAUACUUGCAACUAUAUUUGGGGCUAUCGGAGACUGUAUUUUAGCGAAGAAGCUAAUGACAACAACUACUAUAAGGAAAUUCUUCUGCCUGUUUUCGCACAUUAUCCCUGGAAUCUUAUUAGUUUUGCUGGUGUAUACUGGAUGUUCCACAGCGUUGUCGGUUGCAAUGAUCACGAUGUCAAUGGGAUUCAAUGGCGCUGCAACGUUGACGAAUCUCCAAAAUCAUCAAGACUUGGCUCCUAACUAUGCAGGAACCUUGUAUGGUAUUGCAAAUUUCAUAGGCAGUACUGCUGGAUUUUUCACACCUAUGAUAACAGCAUAUUUUACGAAGACCGGGGAUAGUUUCGAACAAUGGCGGCCAGUAUUCUUUGUGGGAGCGUCUGUAUAUAUUGUGUCUGCGAUAUUUUUCAUACUCUUUGGAACUGGCAACACUCAGGCUUGGAACUUUGAUGACGAAUCUAAGCAAGAAGGAAAAGAGGAGAAGGGUCGCGCCGACGAUAUGAGCGAUAUGAAUGAAACAAUAAAAAAUUCUUACAAAGACCCGAAAGAAAAUCCCAUGAAUAUUACAACGCGUACUUAA